AUGCAUUCUAAAUCCCCCACUCAAAUCAUCACAAAGAAAAGAUCCUCGACCAAGAGAACCUACCGUUGCACAGGCUUCGAAGGUUGCGACGUCGUCUUCACUCGUGCCGAACAUCUCACUCGCCAUCGCAGGAAACACACCGGUGAAAAGCCUUACAAAUGUCUCAUUUGCAACAAGAAUUUCAGUAGAGUAGACAACUUAAAACAACAUACCGAUUGUGUUCAUUCUGCAAACAAGAAAAAUAAGAACGAAAUCAAGAGAAGACGCCGUAGGGCCGCUACCACUGCCUCUGCCGCUACCACUGCCUCUGCCUCGGCCCCAUCACCAUCCCCAACUUCCAUGUCCAUCCCUCAAACGAUACAAAUACCUCAACCCACCGUCACAACUCCUCCCACAGCCUCUCUGAUCCCUACACCCGUCUCGACUUCUCAACCAAACUUCUCUUUCCCCAAACAAUUACAGUUCAAGAUCCCUGAUAAAUUACCUCCUUUGCAAUUGCCCACUCCAACAUCCAUAUCUCCAUCCCAGAAAUGGUGGAACGAUACUUCCUCAAACUAUAUAACAACAAACUCGACUUCUUCACUCUACCACACAAAUCUCAAUUCCCAUUCUUUAAACUAUACAACUUCGUUGACACCUGUAAAUAGCAGACCUACCAGUAUAGUUCAACCCACUUUACAACAACCCACUUUACAACAACCCACUUUACAACAACCUCUAUCCACCACCACCUCCUCCUCCAUGGCAACCCGCCAAAUCCCUACAAGUUCAAGAAUGAUGUUGAGUUCAGAACCGAUUACUCCUUCAAGAUCAAGUGACAAUACAAAGGAAAGAGCAUCGAGAUUGAAAGUGGCUUUUUUACUCACAUGA